UUUCAAAAUUCGGAAUAUGCUUUUAUUUCUCAAAUAAAACAUACCAAAAUACUCGCAAAAUUAAAAUCACUACUACAACUUCCCACUAAAUACGGCCCCGACCGUAUGUAUGUGUCAUCAUCGUAUAUACGCAAACACCGUAUAUACACAAAGUCAAACUAAUCUUUGCUUACUUCACUCUCGAUAUAUAUUAUUCUAGAGAGAGAAAGGAAGAAGCAGUGUAUCUAUCUGUGUAUGUAUUUUCUCUCUCCUCCCUCCCCUCUUUUCCACCCUGGCUGAAACCCCCUUCCACCGCGUUCACGCGUCUUCUCCCCCACUCCCCAUUAUAUAUUCCCCUCUUUUCCCUCUCAUCUCCUUAGCAGAUGCUCUCCAUUCCCAUCUGCAAUCUCAAUCUCAAUCUCCCACCCCCAAUUUCAAUUCCCGGGAUUCGAAUUAGGUUAAAUUGAAAGAUGCCAUCAGCGCUGGAAGACGGAGAGAUGUUCCUGCCGUCGACGCCGGGGAAAUUCAAGGACAAAUCGAACGCGAUGCACCGCCAAUUCUACCGGUGCUUCGCCUCCACGAGCACGAUGUUCCUGUGGGCGCUGUUCCUGGUGGCGCUCACGGCGGCGUACCUCAGCUUCCAAUCCUUCGUCGACUCCGGCAGCCGCUACUUCUCCACCGCGUGGGGCGGCAUCCAGUGGGAGAAGCAGGUCCGCGCCUCCGCCCAGAUCCGCCGCCACAACGGCCGCGCCGUCCUCGUCACCGGCGCCGCCGGCUUCGUCGGCAGCCACGUCUCCCUCGCCCUGAAGAAGCGCGGCGACGGCGUCGUCGGCAUCGACAACUUCAACAGCUACUACGACCCCUCCCUGAAGCGCGACCGCAAGAAUCUCCUCGCCUCGCAGAGCAUCUUCAUCGUGGAGGGCGACAUCAACGACGCGCGCAUGUUGGCGAAGCUCUUCGAGAUCGUCGCCUUCACGCACGUGAUGCACCUCGCGGCGCAGGCCGGGGUGAGGUACGCCAUGGAGAAUCCGCAGUCGUAUGUGCACAGCAACAUCGCCGGACUCGUCACGCUUCUAGAAGCAUGCAAGGCCGCCGACCCGCAGCCCGCCGUGGUGUGGGCCAGCUCCAGCUCCGUCUACGGGUUGAACGAGAAGGCUCCGUUUUCCGAAUCGGAUCGGACCGACCGACCCGCUUCGCUCUACGCCGCCACGAAGAAGGCGGGCGAGGAAAUCACGCACACGUACAACCACAUCUACGGGCUCUCCAUCACCGGGCUCCGAUUCUUCACCGUCUACGGGCCCUGGGGCCGGCCCGACAUGGCGUAUUUCUCGUUUACCCGGAAUAUUCUGCAGGGGAAGCCGAUCACGAUCUACCGCGGCAAGAAUCACGUGGAUUUAGCCCGCGAUUUCACCUACAUUGAUGAUAUCGUCAAGGGCUGCAUCGGCUCGCUGGAUUCGGCGAAGAAGAGCACGGGCUCGGGCGGGAAGAAGCGGGCCCCCGCCCAAUACCGGAUCUUCAACCUCGGGAAUACUUCGCCGGUGACGGUGCCGAUGAUGGUGGGGAUUCUGGAGAAGCAAUUGAAGGUGAAGGCGAAGAAAAACAUGGUGGAGAUGCCCGGAAACGGCGACGUUCCGUUCACCCACGCCAACAUCACCUCGGCCCGAAAGGAAUUCGGGUACAAACCCACCACCGACUUGCAAACCGGGUUGCGGAAGUUUGUUAGAUGGUAUUUGUCUUAUUACGGCUACGAUCAUGGCAAAUCUGUAAAGUAAAUUUCAUUCAAUUUUUUAGGAUUAAAUUUUUUAUUUUUUUUUAAACUGAAAAAAGAAGAAACGAAGAAAUGGAUACUUUUCUUUUCUUUGAAGAGUGGGGAAAAGAUGCACUUGAAAUUUUAUUUUUUUUCUUGUAAAGUGAAUGAAAAAUCUUUUCUGCUA